AUGUCUGCCAAGAAGAUCUUUGUUGUCUUUGGAGCCACUGGCAACCAAGGCGGCGGGGUCAUCAACGCUAUCCUCGAUGAUCCCAAAGCGUCCCAAGAGUUCGCCCUUCGAGGCAUCACUCGUGAUCCCAAUAGUGGAAAAGCAAAGGCAUUGGCUGCGAAGGGUGUCGAAUGCGUUACAGGCGACAUCAAUGACAAAGCCUCCCUCUCAAAUGCCUUCAAAGGCGCCCACAGUGUCUUUGCAGUCACCAACUACUGGGAAAAGAUGGAUGAUAGGCUCGAGGUUCAGCAAGGAAAGAAUGUUGCCGAUGUCGCAAAAGUACGUAACACAGGCUCUUACAUGAUCAAUACUCAUGUGCCACAGGAAGCCGGAGUGAAGCAUCUCAUCUUCUCUACCCUCAUCAAUGUCACCAAAUUGAGCAAUGGCAAAUACAAGAAUGUCUUUCACUUUGACAGCAAAGCCGAGAUCGAACAGUAUAUUCGAGGGACUGGCAUACCAGCUUCGUUCUUCAUGCCUGGUUUCUACAUGUCCAACCUUGAGACUAUGAUCAAUCCCAACCCUCAAUCGAAGGCCCUCACACUCGCUCUGCCAAUGCCACCGACUACUCCCAUCCCCUUCUUUGACGCCGCCGUCGACAGCGGCAAGUUUGUGAAGGCAAUGGUGACCAAGCCUGAUCAGGUAUUGGGCAAGAAUGUGUUUGCUGCAACCAAAUACUACACUGCAGAAGAGGUUAUCAAGAUCUUCAACGAGGUGAAGAAGCCAGAGCCAGCGGCUCAAUUCUACCCUCCAGAUAAAGACACAUAUAAGGGAUACUUGACGGGUGCAGGCAUGCCAGAAUUCGCUGCCGAAGAAUUGUAUGAGAACAUGGCAUUCAUGAAUGAGUUUGGGUACUAUGGGAAGCAAAGCUUGGACUGGAGUCAUAGCUUGCUCGACGAUAAGCCAACAACUCUCGAGGAGUUCUUUGCUAGCUCAAAGAAGUGGUAG